UUCAGAUUUUGCCGGAAGAACGUGCUGUUUGUCAUUCAUAGGUUCGGGAACUUCUGUGAUAAAAAAUGUCUAUUUUAGCCAGUCCCCUUUCGGUUGCCGGUACCCGAAGCUCCGGAGCCCCAGUUCGUAGUCAAAAUGUUAUGGCAGCAGCUACUAUUGCUAACAUUGUCAAAAGUUCGCUUGGACCAGUUGGCUUGGACAAAAUGUUGGUCGAUGAUAUUGGGGAUGUGACAGUAACAAAUGAUGGGGCCACUAUUUUACGUCUCUUAGAAGUGGAACAUCCAGCUGCCAGAGUUUUAGUUGAACUGGCACAGCUGCAAGAUGAAGAAGUUGGUGAUGGAACCACAUCUGUUGUCAUUAUUGCUGCUGAAUUGCUCAAGAAUGCUGAUGAAUUAGUAAAGCAGAAGAUCCACCCCACUUCAAUUAUUGCUGGUUACCGCUUAGCUUGUAAGGAAGCGAUACGCUUUAUCCAAGACAAUCUUACCAUACCAGUUGAUGAGUUGGGCCGUGAUACAAUCAUCAAUGUGGCCAAAACUUCGAUGAGUUCGAAGAUCAUUGGAGCCGACGCUGAUUUAUUCUCGGCAAUGGUCGUCGAAGCUGCCCAAGCUGUUAAGAUUAAUGACAACAAGGGUAAUGCCAUGUAUCCAAUUAAGGCUGUGAACAUCCUCAAAGCCCAUGGCAAGAGCUCCAAAGAGAGCAUAUUGGUUCAGGGAUAUGCUUUAAAUUGCACAGUGGCUAGUCAAGCCAUGCCCAAAAAAAUCGUCAAUGCUAAAAUAGCUUGUUUGGACUUCUCCUUACAAAAAUCCAAGAUGAAAAUGGGGGUACAGGUACUUAUAAAUGAUCCAGAUAAGCUGGAAGGUGUGAGAGCCAGAGAAUUGGACAUUACAAAGGAGCGUAUUCAGAAAAUUUUGGCCACCGGCGUGAACGUCAUCCUCGUUUCUGGCGGUAUUGAUGAUCUGUGUCUGAAAUACUUUGUUGAAAAGAACGCAAUGGCAGUGAGGAGGGUUAAAAAGGUGGAUUUGAAACGUAUCGCCAAGGCUACCGGCGCCACUUUCCUUACAUCACUCACAAAUAUGGAAGGUGAAGAAACUUUUGACAGCAGCAUGGUUGGUGAAGCUGCAGAAGUAAUCCAGGAGAGAAUCUGCGACGACGAACUAAUCAUCAUCAAAAAACCUAAAGCCCGCACUGCUGCCUCCCUUAUUCUUCGCGGACCCAACGAUUUCUAUUGUGACGAAAUGGAACGUUCCGUGCAUGAUGCCCUCUGCGUGGUUAAACGAGUUUUGGAAUCAAAGAGCGUCGUUGUCGGUGGAGGUUCAGUGGAAGCCGCUCUUUCUAUUUAUUUAGAAAACUUCGCCACCACUUUGAGUUCCCGCGAACAGCUCGCCAUUGCCGAAUUCGCCAAGAGUCUGUUGGUUAUUCCCAAAACUUUGGCGGUCAACGCGGCGCGGGACGCCACGGAUUUAGUGGCGGUGCUUAGAGCAUACCAAAAUAUGUACAUCACCAAAGAUGGACAUCAACACUUGAAGUAUUAUGGCUUGGAUUUAAUUGAAGGACAAGUUAGAGAUAAUAAGAAGGCCGGAGUGUUAGAGCCGACUAUCUCAAAGAUAAAAUCAUUGAAAUUCGCAACUGAAGCUGCGAUUACUAUUCUUAGAAUAGACGACAUGAUCAAAUUAGAUGCUGAACAGAAAGGAGGCAAAAAUUAUCAACAAGCUAUGGAGUCCGGCGAAUUGUACGAUUAAUUACACUGACAUAUUUAUAAGUAAGAUAACUUAUAGCUUUAUCACAGUACACAUUGUUUUAAAUUAAAUAUUAAAACAUAUUUACGCAUUUGUCACUAAUACCAUUUUAUAAUAAAUUAUUUCAUUUGGA